AUGGAACCUCCUCAGCUUCUUGACCAUUACAUUGGAAUCGACGUGGGCACUGGUUCUGCCAGAGCUUGCAUCAUCGAUGAGACUGGCGACAUCAAAGCACUUGCCACCGAGCCCAUCAAGCUGUGGCAGCCCGAGACUGGUUACUAUGAACAAUCGACAACAGACAUCUGGGCAUGCAUCUGCCUUUGCGUCAAGCAAGUCCUUAUCGACUCGUCCGUCGACCCCGCCAAGAUCAAGGGCAUUGGUUUUGAUGCCACUUGCUCUCUCGCCGUCUUCAGCCAUGACACCGACGAGCCUGUCCCCGUUACUGGCCCCGACUUCGACAACGCCGACGGCAACGACCGCAAUGUGAUUCUUUGGCUGGACCACCGCCCCGUCGAGGAGACGGAGAAGAUCAACGCUACUGAGCACAACCUGCUCAAGUACGUUGGUGGCACCAUGAGCAUCGAGAUGGAGAUUCCCAAGGUUCUCUGGCUCAAGAACAACAUGCCAAAGGAGCUCUUUGACCGAUGCAAGUUUUACGAUCUCGCGGAUGCCCUCACGCACAUGGCCACCGGCAACGAGACAAGAAGCUUCUGCAGCACCGUUUGCAAGCAGGGCUACGUCCCUGUUGGCGUUGACGGUAGCGUCAAGGGCUGGCAGGAUGAUUUUCUGACAACAAUUGGUCUUGAGGACCUUGUCCAAGACAACUUUAAGCGCCUUGGUGGUGUCAACGGGGUGAACGGAAAAUACCAAAGCGCCGGAGAGCUCGUUGGCACGCUCAGCAAGAAGGCCGCCAGGGAGCUGGGACUUCCUGAGGGCAUUGCUGUUGGUGGAGGUGUGAUUGACGCCUAUGCCGGCUGGAUAGGUACCGUCGGAGCAAAGGUCGAGCUUCCUCCCGACCACCUUGACGAAGAGGUCCCGAAGAACGACAUCUCCCAGGCAUUCCACAGAUUGGCUGCGGUCGCGGGAACAUCAACGUGCCAUUUGGCCAUGUCUAGAGAUGCCGUUUUCGUGCCCGGUGUCUGGGGUCCCUACCGCGAUGUCCUGCUUCCCGAAUUCUGGAUGGCUGAGGGCGGUCAAUCCGCCACUGGCGAGCUCCUUCGACACAUCCUCGAUAUCCACCCUGCCUUCGUUGAGACACAGGCACUUGCUACGGCUGAGUCAAAGAACAUCUACGACUUCCUCAAUGCCCACCUCAAGUACAUGGCAGAGAAGACGAACGCUCCGUCAAUCUCGUACCUUGGCCGUCACUUCUUCUUCUACGGCGAUCUGUGGGGCAACCGAUCGCCUGUUGCUGAUCCCAACAUGAAGGGAGCUGUCAUUGGGUUGAGCAGUGACAAGACGACCGACAACCUGGCGCUGUGGUACUAUGCGACGAUGGAAUUCAUCGCUAUGCAGACGCGUCAGAUCAUUGAGGCCAUGAACAACGCCGGUCACGUCAUUAACACCAUCUUCAUGUCAGGCAGUCAGUGCCAGAACCCGCUGCUUAUGGACCUGAUGGCCACCAUCUGCGAUAUGCCCGUCCUGGUGCCCCGCUACGUUAACGCAGCCGUGGUCCACGGAGCCGCUAUGCUCGGCGCCAAGGCGGCGACAGCAUCCGAGGAUGGCACAACGGAGAAUCUGUGGUCCAUUAUGGACCGCAUGAGCAAGCCCGGCAAGCUUGUGAAGCCCGGCACGCUCAAGGGCGAGAAAUUCCUCUUCGACGCCAAGUACAAGGUCUUCCUCGAGCAAUGCAAGACGCAGCAGGAGUACAGGAAGCAGGUUGACGUCGCUGUUGACCAGUGGCUUCAGAAAUAA